GAUACCAAGGCAUCUAAUAUGGCGGAGAACUUGGGUCUCUUUCGUUGUCCCCUUCCAAUCUUUAUUUUCUUUUUAUUUCACGGUUCGGUUUUAAGCGUAGUGAAUGGGGAUCUUUGGAAAAUUCACUGCAUCUCCCUGAAGGAUCACUCUGUUUGUGAGAAAAAAAUGUUUUUGCUGUUAGUACAAAUGGUUUCUGUUUGUCGAAAGACAGAACUUCUAGAAUUUAAAAACUGGAGUUUUAUGGAAAGAAGUAUUCUAUUGAAAGAAUUUGACGUGGACGAGGAAACGAGAAAUUAUAUAAGACAAGUACAUGGAGUAAUUUUUUCAAAAGUUCAUCUAGUUCCUCUGAAAUAUAAACCUUAUUUGGUGGCUAUUUCUCAAGAAGUAUUGACGGACAUUCUUGAUUUGAAUGAUUCUGCCUUUGAAUCACCAGCAUUCAUAGACUUUGCUGCGGGAAAUGAAAUGAUACCAAACUCAAUUAUGCUAUCACAUAGAUACGGUGGACAUCAGGUAAAGUUCCAUCGUUCUCACUUUUUUUAUUUGGGAUCAUAUUCUUGUAAAUUAAUUAAACAAGCUGUUAAUGAAAGGAUUCAGGCACAAUCUAAUAAACUUGAAAUUUGUUAUUUUAAGUUUGGCGAUUGGGCAGGUCAGCUAGGAGAUGGUCGUGCUGUAAUUUUGGGGGAAUACACGAAUAGGUAAUGGCAAACAUACAAGUUACUUAUUGCAUGUGUCUUAUACCAUUCUUUUUUACUGUGAUGCAAGUAUUUCACGAGAUACCAAAGCACAUCUGUGAAGGAAACUCCUAUUAGUGUUUCUAGAACUGUAAUAACAGUAUUGGCAAUCCAGGAGUUAAGCUUAUAUUUGAAUGUGAAAAGACUUGAUACUUUUUUAAAUAUUUAAACAGGAUAGGAGAGAGGUGGGAACUUCAGUUAAAAGGCUCAGGGAGGACUCCCUAUUCAAGGUACUGUUUAAGCAAUUUUUAGCCUUCUCCACAUCUGUAAGGUUUAGUUUUGAUUUGAAACUAAGUUAUUUACAUUUAUUUGUAAAAUCUUUUAGUCAGUUGCCAUCUUCUAUUAUCCUCUGCUGCAUUACAUAGAGUGGGUAAUAUUUGCAACUCUGAAUACAUAUAUCAAACCUCUUGUUUUUUUCUAUAAGCCAUGUACUUCGAUAAAAUAUGCUGAACAUGCUUUUUAAAGUGGAAUUAUUUUCUAAAUAAAUUGUACUUAUCAGACACGGUGACGGACGUGCAGUGUUGAGGUCAUCUGUGCGUGAGUUCCUGGCCAGUGAAGCCAUGUUUCAUUUGGGUGUACCAACCAGCAGAGCAGCUAGUCUUAUUGUGAGUAAUGACCUUGUUUGGAGGGAUCAGUUCUAUGAUGGACAUCCAAAGCAAGAAAAAGGUGCAUAUUUAAGUGGAAAGUAGAUUUUCAGAUUGCUUAAAAUUGAAGAACACUAAUGAGAAGCAGAAGUUUCUUUCCAGUUCAGUUAUCUAACAUACUUAACAUGUUCUUUUAUUUCAGUUGCGAUUGUUUUACGCUUAGCGAAAUCUUGGUUUAGAAUUGGGUCUCUUGAAAUUUUGGAACACAACAGCGAAGAAGCUCUUCUUAGGUGUGAAGCAUUCUGUUCAUUUUGUGUAUGUCCUAAAGCAUAUCUCAUUAAUGUAUGUUUUAAGUUUGUGAUAGUUUGCUAAGUUCAAAAUGGUGCCCUGUUUUGUCUGUCUUCUUUUUGUGGCUCAGGCACCUCUGAUAAUGUUGUGUACAUGGUAUUUUGAAACAGAUAAUUGAUUGUGCUUGAAUUCUCUACCAUUUAAAUCCAUGUUAAGUACUACCACUAAGCCCUCUGCCCAUUAGUUGUGCCACAUGCAUUGUAUCGAUUUUAAUUUUCACUGUUAAGUUAAAGUAAUAAGGUAAUUUUUUUGUCUCACAGAAAAGUUGUGGAUUUUGUCAUUGAAAAUAAUUUCCAGGAUUUAGUCAACAAGACCAAGAAGUACUUGGUAAGAUAUUUUGCUUUUGUUUGAAGCAGCUAUUAGGAUGUUUUGAAAAUUCAUUUUAACAGUACAGUGUGAUCAGAUUUUGUGAACUUUUAAUGUAAUGAGAACUUCCAGUAUUUCCCCACUGCUGGCAUUUUCUUCAUGGUUUGUACUAUUAAUACAAACAAUCAAACUGCUUAUUUUUGUAUGACAUUGCACCAUGACCUGACCUUGAAUACUAACAUGAGGUCAGUGAACUUCAUUUUGAUCUCAGGCCUUCUUUUCAAGAGUAGUUUCCAUGACAGCAGACCUGAUUUCCAAAUGGCAAUCUGUUGGCUUUGCUCACGGUAAAAUAUGAAGAAAGCAUUUUGAUGUUCAAGGUCUUUUCAUGAGAGUUUUUUUUUAUUCAACUUUGAUUAUUGUUAUUUCAUUAUUUUUGGGAGGUGUCUGCAACACGGACAAUUUUAGUCUGCUGUCAAUAACCAUAGACUACGGUCCUUUUGGAUUCAUGGAUGACUUCAACCCAGGUAAAGAGGACAACUUUGAUGAAAUUUGACACAUCUGGGAUUUGAUUCCAAAUUUGUUCAUGGUGACUGGAACUGUUUGAGUACAAAUUUGACUGACAUUUUGAUGAUCUCUGGCCGUAGACUUUGUCCCUAACACAUCAGAUGAUGAAGGAAGAUACAGUUACAAGAAUCAGCCGAAUGUUGGGUUUUUUAACUUAGAAAAAUUGCUCCAAGCACUUAAACCAUUGAUUGAAGAUUACAGUGAGUAAGUCUAGCUAAAAUUGUUGAACAUCAUCAUGAUUAACCUUGAAUGGUGACUUUUUAACUUUAAAGGUAUUUGUUUAAUUGGCCAGUUGUAUGCCCACAAGUACUUGUUCAGUUUAAAUUCACAAGGCUUGUAAUUACCAUUGAUUCUUACUUGGUUUGAUGCAGUAUGGUUAUUUUGCUUUUUUGUUAUAGAGGAGAGAAAGUUCUUUGGAGUUAUGUGGAUAGAUUUAACCAAAGGUGAUGUGCAAGCACCUGCUCACUCUUAGUACCCCAAGCUGUAACACUUUUUUAUCGCAAUGGCAAUUAGGAAAAAAAAAAUUUCAGAAGGUUUAUUUGCCGCAAAAGUCGUCAAUUUGAGGACUUGAAAUUAAGUGAUUGUGGGGUAAAGUUAAAGUGAGUUGAACAUUUGUAUAACUGAGUUGAAAACGUAAAUUGGCCACCGUAAAGAAUUAAAAGGCGGACGUUUCGAGCGUUAGCCCUUCGUCAAUCGCUCUGACGUUUUAAAAAGAAAAUGCUUCUUUCUCUUCGGUUAAAUGAGAUGUCGCAUGCAGCUCUAUGAAAAAUUUCCAGCUCAGUUCCUUAAUUUCAUAGACAAGCAGUGUGACAAGCAAUAUUCUCCAUGGGGAAAAAAACUCUUUUCUAGCGAUUAUUUCAACUUUUUUAAGACUCCGGGACGUCAAAUGUCAAAAUGACCACAGCGAACUCGCACGUUAUUGCUAGCCAUUAUUUUGGAGGGAAUUGGGAUAGAAAAUAAAUAACUUGGCGGAAUCCAACUCUUUUUACAACAACUUUUCCUACAACAGAAUGGUUCUGGCGUUAAAAAUCAAUUGCAACUUAAGAUUUAGUAAAGGUGCUAUGAGAGUUUGGAGACACAUUGUUUUGUGAUUUUAGGUUUCUGAGCAUAUUUCGUCGCAAACUUGGUUUACUUUACGAAGAUGAAAAUGACGAAAUGCUUAUUCACUCUUUCCUUUGGGUAAGUUAAACACGUUAAGUUUCGCUGAAACCACAAGUUUUGUCAGAAAAAAAAAGCGAACAUGUUGGUCCAUCUGUAUGUUGACCUAAGGAUGUCUCUUGUCUUAGAAGCUUUGAGAAGGAGGCGAAUUUGCCUUCAAGAUGUCAUUGUAUUUUAUCUUUUCAUAUGGAUUCGUAUUCAUGUUGUCUAUGGUUUCUUUCCAGAUAAUGUCGUCCACUCAUGCAGACUUCACUAUGGCCUUCCGAGAGUUAAGUGAAGUAUCCUUGCAUGAUGUUAAUUCAAACCGCUUGCCGAGAGAAACAUGGGCACUCAAACAACUACAGACACACAAGAACUGGGGAGACUGGUUAGCACACUAUGUAGACAGGUCUCGGCUGUAAGUAUUGUCUGUAGUCUCUGAUGCUUUGAUAUCAAACGGAAAUUUACUUCAUGCAAAUAUUUUUUUUACUAGUUAUAGUGACACUGAUGUUGACAAGGCCAGAAGAAAACAAAUGCAAGGUGAAAACUUAAUCCCUUUGAUUUUACGCUGGUGAAGAAAUUACCAUAAGCUAUUUCUUGUUAUGUUAUGCAACACUCAUCAAAGUUGCACUUCCCCUAAAUUGUUACCCAAGCGGAUAAGUGUAGGGAAAAAAUGAAAGGGUUAUGUGGACAAAAUAUUUGCAACAGUGUAAGAAUUAGAUCAUCUUUGUCGAUCAUUUCUGGAGAUUUCUUUAGUUUAGUUUUUUAACUUCAGAUAUUGUUCAGCCCUGUGCACCUACUUAGUGACUUACUGUGCACCUACUUAGUGACUUACUGUGCACCUACUUAGUGACUUACUGUGCACCUACUUAGUGACUUACUGUGCACCUACUUAGUGACUUACUGUCUUUAUAUUAGUUUAGUUUUUUAACUUUAGAUAUUGUUCACCCCUGUGCAUCUACUUAGUGACUUAUUGUCUUUAUAUUAGUCGAUGUUUGUGUUCUUCUUUCAGAAGUAAAUCCUCGCUAUGUUUUACGUAACUGGAUGGCAGAAUCAGCGAUACAGAAGGCGGAAAGGAAUGAUUUUUCAGAGGUCGGAUAUUCCUUAUUUUUCCUGUGUUCCCCUUUGCAGGGAUUUCGAUUAAAUAAUUUUGAUGUUGAAUGUUUGUUAUUAGAAUCAAAUUUUUUGUCUAUCAAAGAUUUUGUCUUCAACAGCAUAUGAAAAUAGUUAACGCAGUACACAUAGAAAUUUUCACUAUAUCUUCCUUUUAGGUUCGUCAGUUGCUUGAGGUACUCAAGUCACCUUUUACAAAACAGGUAUAUGAUAUGCUGUAAUCAAACAGUACAUUGUCACACCACAUUCCUUCCAAUAUUUCGCGCAGCAAUUUCCGUACCUCUGUACGGGAGAUUCAUAACCAAACUUUUAGUCCGAAAAAACCGCUGGAAUUAUUUCCUUGUAAUUCCCCAAAUUAAAUGUCAGUGCUGUUAUCUUAACAGUCUUAGUGCCAGAAACAGUGAACUUUUGUAACAAUUUACAGGAGGUUGCUGAGAACCUUGGAUACUCGUCCCAACCUCCGGGAUGGGCCUCUCACCUCCGCGUCAGCUGUUCUUCAUAGAACAUAUUUUACAAAGACUGAUGGUGUUCUUAAGAAUCUUGAAGUGCUGAGUGUCUGCUGGGUGGAAGAUGACACGUGGAGGAGCAGCUCAAUGAACAUCUGUUGAUAAAAAUAGAAACAAAGUGACUUAAUCUUAAAUAUGUAAAUACAUCACUUCCAUAUCACCUUAAGUGGAUGAGGGCCAUCACUGAUUAGUGCACAAUGAAUAAAUAAAACUGAUUAGUAUGAAUCAGGGGCCAUUGUGAAAGGGG